AAGCUUUCAAGAUGGCUGUGAGUAACCAACAAAGUAUGGAUACGGGCUCAAUUUCUAGCCGUGUAGACGUGGACAGCCCGCCUUUUUCGCGUAUUUUCAUAGUCUGCAGUAAGAAGCACUCGUCGGAAGACAUGAGAGCCGCAUUCGAACAAUUUGGCACCAUUGAAGAUAUCUGGGUUGUGAAGGACAAACAGACGAAAGAAAAUCGUGGCGUGUGUUACAUAAAGUUCGCCAAAGCGUCUUCGGCAGCUCGAGCUUGCGAAGAAAUGGAUGGAAAAAUUAUUGCAGAUGAUCCUAAACCAAUUAAGGCGAUGAUUGCUCAGUCUAAAGGUUCAGGCUCUAAAACAGAUUUUCAUGAUGAAACAGCACUGACCCGUUUAUUCAUCAUCUGUCCAAAAGAGUACACAGAGGAUAACUUACGUCAAAAAUUCCAGGACUUUGGGGAGAUAGAGUAUGUCCAAAUUGUACGUGACCAUAAAACUGGUGAAAACAAAGGUUUUGGAUAUGUUAAGUUCAGGAAGUCAUCUGCAGCAGCUGUUGCACUUGAGAACUGUGACAAGACUCUUAAAGCUGUUUGGGCUGAGCCCAAAUCAGCUAAAAUUGCCAGAAAUGCAGCAGCUGCAGCAGCAGCCAUGCAAUCUACAUUAAUCCCACACAAUCCAUUUCUAGAGGUAAAUAAUUACCCUCAGGCUGCAGCAGCACCAGUCAGCAGCCAUACAGUCAGCAUGAAUGUGAAUAAUGCUGCAUCGCUUCAGGGAGUUGCAGAUUACUAUGGAACUCAAAACCCUGUAGCAGCAGUUGCAGAGUCUAUUACAACGUCACAUACCCCCACCAGGCUGUUUGUUAAAGUGUCCCCUAUGAUAGGGGCAGAGCAAUUAUCGCGCUUGUUUGACAUCAUUCCUGGUAUGCAGAUGUGUGAUUUGAAGCGGAAUUAUGGCACUGGAGAAUCCAAGGGCUUUGCUUAUGUCACAUACAACUCUGUAGGAUCUGCAAUCUAUGCUAAGGAAAAACUCAAUGGGUUUGAAUACCCAUUGGGCUCAAAGCUUGUGGUAAAAUAUGCGGAAGAUCCUCCUGGAAUGCGUAGUAAUGGUACAGGGCAGGGUAGUGACACAGCUUUUCAGAUUCAGUCACACGGCUCUAAAUCAUCUCUCACUGGUGGCUCAUAUGCAGUGGACUACUCUACUGCUGUCUACACUUCAGCAGCUCUUCCAGCACCAUCUCCUUUGGCAGAUCCAACCUCUGAGGUUGUUUCAAGACUGUUUAUUGUUUGUCAACCAGCCCCACCACCAGAAAGUGCCCUUAAGGAUGUCUUCAGCAGGUUUGGGAACCUGAUUGAUGUGUGGAUGAUGAAAGAUCGUAACUUUGGUUAUGCCAAGUUUGCAAGCAAGGAGUCUGCAGAUGCAGCCAUUGAAGGAAUGCAUGGCCAUGAAGUUCUUGGUAUGAAGUUGAAGGUGAUGCAUGCUGAUCCACCCAAGUCAGAAGCGUCCAGAAAACGACCUCGCACAUGAUGUUAGAACAGCAGAAUUACACAACUAGCAUUUUCAUCCUCACAGACUAAGGUAUCAAAGGUAAUGUAGAACCUGUUUCUUCAUGUUUAUUUCCUAUGCAAGACACCCCUUGUGGUUUAUGUCAUGUGGCAAUCAACUUGUAGAACUGAGUUAAAACAACAUUGAGCACAGAUAGCAAGCUUUUCCUCAUUUUCAAGCACACAUGCUCCACUGCCACUGGAAUUGCUUUGUUUGACAAUGGGAAAGACACUGGACUUGAUGGACUGGUUUUACAGACAUGAAGAACUGGAUUACAGGGAACUUGACUAUAUAUCACAUGUUAUUUGGAACUUAUGGACUGAACUUCACGGGAGACAUGGGACAUACAGACUGCAUCAAGAAAGAUAUGGUUCUUGGGGACUGUAUUUCACAGAACAAUGACGGCAAGACUCUACAUCAACCAAAGUUGUGGAACUGUUUGUGUAAUGUUAUACUGGUAGGAAGGUAGUUUGGAAUUAAAGUUGCAUAUGAAGUGUAAAGCAAAUCCAAAGAUCAGUUAAGGUAGCAUAGUUACAAAUCUAAGAGAACUAAAAAACUUUGAAGUCUCUGUUUAAGACUUUAACGCUUUACACCUUAACAUCAGUAUUCACAUUCUCCAUACUGUUCUUUUUACAUUUCCUGUGGUACUGAGAAUGAGACUUUGUUUAACGAUCAGUAGAUUCUUUAGUCAGAGAUCAUUCUUAGUUCUUGCGAUCUUAAAGUUUAGAUGUUAGUCAUUCUCAGUGGUUAGAGGGUUAAGACAGAUCUGUCUUCAGUCAUAAACUAGGAACUUUGUGGCCUGGUAAUGGUUCAGAUUUGUUCAUGAGCAGUAACAGUUUCCACUGUUUCAGUGGGUUUUGAGUUGCAUUCAUGUGCAUGUGUAGGGUUUUUUCCCUAACUGACCCUACAGAAAGUCUGUCCACAGAAUCUUUUCAGUGAGACUCUUUUCAUUUCUUUUAAGGAAUAUGUUUUUUAUCAGCAUUUACCUGUAUAAGGGUCACUAAUACGUCCUUGCAAUAAACAUUACUUCUUAAGUUUCUUAAGUUGUAUACCUCUAGGAUGCUUAGUAAGGCAAAUGGUCUUGUUAAAGUUACACAAAGAAAAUUUCUUUGCAUUCAAGAUUUGUGUUAUCAAGUACUUAAUUGGUUUUUCCUUAGUCAUUUCAUUUUUUAUGAUUCAUUUUAUCUCGUCUUCAAAAUCAUUAAGAGUUCUGAGAAUAAAUUAACCCUUUAACUCCCAGAUCAAAUUUGUAAUUCUCCUUAUUGUCAACCAUAAAAUUCAUAUAAUGUUAGUUCAGAGAAUUUAAUAGUGGAUCAUUUAAUUAUCCCCAAGUUGAUAUUUUUCUUUGUUCUCAUCUCUUAUCUGGUUGAUAUAGUAUUGAUAUUGUAAGGAGAAAUUCUGUCUUGAUCACUCAUGGGAGUAAAAGGGUUAACAAAGAUAUUGUGUGUUUUAGGUACUAAUCUAACAAUUUCAAUUUAUCUCAAGUCACAAAACAAAUGAAAUAUGGUGUUUCCACUCAUAGGUUUAUACAAGAAUGCUGGAAAUUUUUCAGUGUUUUACAGUUUAAGUUUUUGAUGAAAUUCUUUAGUUAGUUCCUAAAAGGGAUUUGGUAUCCAAAAUUUAGAUAAAUUAUUUUCACUGUUUUGAAGUUUGUUGAGCAAGAAGAGAGGAAGCAACUUGGUACAUUGGCCUUGUGGGUAUGGCUUGCUUCGUUUCUUCAUGUUUGACGUUGACCAAGGCAAAAUUACAGGCCGUUUGUAGGUUAUAAACAUAUUAAUCUGGUGAUGAAAAACAUGUUAGCCGCGUCCUACUCUCUCGUUGUAAAAAUUGUGGUUUUCAGAAGGUAACGUUUUCGUAGUUCACAAGAAGGUUAAUGUCUAGGUGCAAAAACUAACGUCAAAAAGGUGUUUUACGUGUUGUACACAGCAGAGUUAUCUUAAAACAUUAUUUGCUAAUACGUGACGUACGUUUACAAAGUUAUCAAUUGUGAAACAUGGCAAAAUAAAUUUUAUUGGUCUGUUUUACUGGUAAA